GGUUAUGGAGCCUCUGCCGGUGAAUGUUGGGCAUUUUAUGGAGGUCAUGGAUUUUUAACUAUUGGUUUAUCUGGUCGGAUUAAUGUUACAGCCGUUUCAUAUGAACAUUUACCAAUUGAAUUAUCACCUGAUGGAAAUAUUAGAACAGCGCCAAAGAAUUUUCUUGUUUGGGUGGAGUUAUCAAGAUAUGGAUAAUAUGCUUUCUCGUACGUUACUAGGCAAUUUUACUUAUAACGCGCAGGGGGAGCCUUUACAAAUAUUUCAUGUCCAACAUUGGGAUUCUCGCUUAACAAAUAUUAUUGAAUUAGAAACUCUUACAAAUUGGGGUUCUUAUUUGACAUGUCUUUACCGAUUUAGAGUACAUGGAGACGCAUUGAAGAUAAUUCCUGAUAUUUCUGAAGAAACUGAUGAUGAAAAAGCCAAACGUUUAUUUUCGAACAAUCCAGUUAACUCAAAUGAAGGGGAUUUAUAA